AUUUACUGUAGACUGUUAAGAUGCAGAGGACACCACAUCAGACUUUGCAGUAGGAAACUCAUUCAGGUGGGGUCUCAGAGCUUUCAAAGGUUUCACUCUGAAGAAUGGACUUUAACCACAGCAACAUCACCGCUGAGCUCAAUGACUAUAACAAACUUAAUUUCAUCAUGAAUGUGGUGACAUACGUAAUCAUUGUUAUCGGCCUUCCUCUGACCCUCGUGGCCAUCUAUGCUCUUUAUUCUAUGGUGAGAAGUGAUCAUGUUGCUCCCAUCUACGUCAUCAACCUUCUCAUUUCUGACCUCCUUCAGUUCUGCUACAUGAUCGUUGAGGUGGCACAACCUGAGGAUGAGAAGAUAUCAAACAUCUUCUUAUAUAUUUACUUCUCUGCUCUGUUUGCCAGUAUUGGCUUCAUGGUCUGCAUCGCCCUGGAAAGGUAUUUGGUCAUCGCCCACCCACUGUGGUACCGCUUCAGACGAACCAUCAAGACCUCUGUGGUGGUCUGUGUCGUGGUCUGGGUCCUUUCUCUUGUCUAUGCCGUCCUUUUUUAUUUCAAGAUUGAUUAUUGGGUCGUGAAAUUUAUCUUUGCCAUCCACUUCCUCCUUCCCUUCCCACUGUUAAUAUUCUUCCUGGUUGGGACCCUCAAAGCCCUGUCUGCUUCCACCUCAGUCCCCUCUGAUGAAAAACGACUAAUUGUGGGAAUUUUGGUUCUGGUGCUGUUUAUUUACACUCUGCUGUUCCUGCCCAGAAUCAUUUGGGACCUACAAGUAAACCCUAGUCAUACCCUCACCAGCGUGUCUUUCAUGUUUCUUAAGUUGAAUCCUCUUGCAGACUCAGUCCUGUAUGUCUUCAUGAGGAAAGGGAUCAUAGACAAGCUUUUGGCCUCUGUGUGUUGCUGUAGAAUGGACAGCAAUGAUAUCAGCAGUCCAUCAGUAUGAAUGAUGACAACAUUUCCACAGUCAGCUUCAUGUAGGCAAACAGGACUACAGACUUUUUUUAGGUAAUAAUUUGGAGUAAAGUGUAAUGUGUAGUCCGCCUACAGAUAGUUUAUAGAGCAUUUGUAACAUUCAAACAGCUUAUUAAUUGAGAUUCAACUCCUCCACAAAUAAAAUUCUGAUAUUACACCCCUGUGGUGAAAGUUAGUGUAUUCACUUUAAUUUCAGAUAAUUGUAUAGACCAGGGUUUUUCCAAAGUCUGAGACUGCGGGCCUCCCCUCAGACAAAGUUUGGGAAAUGACACCCCCCCACCACAUCUUUAGUUUACUUGGUAAGUUUCGCUCAAUUCCUGGAUGCCUAUGGGAUCAUGAUUAUAUUAUUUGAUCCCAUAGACACUCAACAUUUUAGCUAAAAUAGCCUAAUAUUGCUGUUAUAACUUCUGACUGCACCAAAUAGUUUCAAAAAAGGUCUGUCUAAGGCAUUUAGUAGUUUCUUACUCUGAUGGGGGGUAAACAGUUCCCAAAAACUACUGUGUCUCUGAACUCCCACAUGUAGACUAUUGUAUGUGAUCUCCUUUUGAUAACUAAUGCAAUAAGUAAUGUAAUAUUGUCUCACUUUCAUUCACUGAGCCUCCCCCGACAUUGUUUGGAGCACCCCUAGGGAGGCAUGCCUCACAUUUUGAAAACCCCUUGUAUAGACUACUAUAUAGCUUACCACUAGUAG